AUGGCACGAGCUAUUGGUAUCGAUUUAGGCACUACAUAUUCAUGUGUCGGCAUCUUUCAGCAUGGCAAAGUCGAAAUUAUUGCUAAUGAUCAAGGUAAUCGAACAACGCCGUCUUUUGUUGCAUUCACGGAUAGUGAACGUCUUAUUGGCGAGGCCGCAAAGAGUCAAGUGGCUAUGAACCCAAAUAAUACAGUGUUCGAUGCAAAACGACUUAUAGGUCGCAAAUUUGACGAUGCAACAGUUCAAUCCGAUAUGAAACAUUGGCCUUUCAAAAUCAUCAACGAUAGUGGCAAACCAAAGAUUCAAGUUGAAUAUAAAAGUGAAACAAAAACAUUUACACCAGAAGAAAUCUCAUCGAUGGUCCUGACUAAAAUGAAAGAAGUCGCUGAAGCCUAUCUCGGCAAAAAAAUUUCUGAAGCUGUCGUCACUGUUCCAGCUUACUUCAAUGAUGCACAACGACAAGCAACGAAAGAUGCCGGUGUCAUUGCCGGUCUCAAUGUGCUAAGAAUCAUCAACGAGCCGACGGCGGCUGCUAUUGCCUAUGGCUUAGAUAAACAAACAGCAGGUGAAAAGAACAUUCUUAUUUUCGAUUUGGGUGGUGGCACUUUCGAUGUGUCUGUACUCAAGAUCGAAGAAGGCAUUUUCGAAGUCAAAUCGACGGCUGGAGAUACACAUUUGGGUGGUCAAGAUUUUGACAAUCGAAUGGUAACACAUUUCGUUCAAGACUUCAAACGCAAGAACAACAAAGAUCUGUCACAAAACAAGCGUGCUCUUCGUCGGCUGAGCACAGCUUGUGAACGUGCAAAACGCACACUCUCAGCAGCAGCACAAGCAACGAUCGAAAUCGAUUCACUCCAUGAAGGUAUUGAUUUCAAUGCGACGAUCACUCGUGCUCGUUUCGAAGAACUUAAUGCCGAUCUUUUCCGAUCGACACUCGAACCAGUCGAAAAAGCUUUGCGUGAUGCUAAAAUGGACAAAUCAAACAUUCAUGAAAUUGUUCUUGUUGGUGGCUCGAGUCGUAUUCCUAAAGUACAAAAAUUACUUCAAGACUUCUUCAAUGGAAAAGAGUUGAACAAAGCCAUUAAUCCAGAUGAAGCUGUUGCGUACGGUGCUGCCGUUCAAGCGGCUAUUCUUACCGGUGAUACAUCGGAAGAAGUCAAAUCUGUGCUCUUGAUUGAUGUCGCACCACUCUCAUUGGGUAUUGAAACUGCUGGUGGUGUCAUGACUCCGAUAAUCAAACGUAGUACGACUAUUCCAACGAAACAAACUCAAACAUUCACUACGUAUUCAGAUAAUCAACCUGGUGUUGAUAUCAAAGUAUAUGAAGGUGAACGAGCGAUGACGAAAGACAACCAUCUUCUAGGAAACUUUGAACUUUCUGGAAUUCCACCUGCACCGCGUGGUGUUCCACAAAUCGAAGUCACUUUCGAUAUUGAUGCUAAUGGUAUUCUCAAUGUAUCGGCUGUAGACAAAUCGACAGGUCAUAGAAACACAAUUAAAAUUACAAACGACAAAGGUCGCUUGUCACAAGAUGAAAUCAACCGAAUGGUUUCCGAUGCAAAGAAGUACGAGAAAGAAGAUGAAGCACAACGUGAUCGUAUUUCAGCUAAGAAUUCACUUGAAUCCUAUUGCUUUAAUAUGAAGGCAACUUUGAAUGAUGAUAAAGUAAGUGCGAAGAUCUCAUCCGACGACAAGUCAACAAUAACUGAAACAAUCAACACAACAGUCAAAUGGAUGGAAUCUAAUAAUUUGGCCGAUAAAGAAGAAUUUGAACACAAAUUAAAAGAGGUCGAGAAAGUGUGCUCUCCAAUUAUUUCCAAACUUUACGGUAGUGAAGCACAUGGGCAUGAUGCUGGAUCUAAAUCAAGUGGCAACAAGGGACCCACCAUCGAAGAAGUUGAUUAA